AUGAGUACCCCUACUGAAGUGUACGGAUCCAUUAUAAAUACUGUUGACCUGGGCAAACGUUCAGAGAAGAUUCUUCCUUCGUUAAAUUCGUCUAGUGAUGAAGAACUAGAAGUUCUGGUGGAAGAUUCUUUUACAUGGCACAUUGACGAUUGGUUCAGUCUCACCGGUCCUAAAUAUGCUUCACCUAGAGUAAAGAUUGGGGAUUUUGAAUGGGAUUUGUUAUUAUUCCCCCAAGGAAAUCAUAAUAAAGGUUUGGCAGUAUACGUGGAACCGCAUCCAAAAGAGAGAAGAAACGAAGAAACUGGGCUAAUGGAGGCAGUUGAUCCAAAUUGGUACUGUUGUGCUCAAUUUGCUGUGUGUUUGUCUAGACCAGAGGAGGAUAGUGAAAUUAACCUGGUGAAUAAAUCCCACCACCGCUUCGAUAGUGCAGAUACAGAUUGGGGUUUCGCGAAUCUCAUUGAUUUGAACCAUUUAAAGUAUCCAUCAAAGAAUUAUUCAUUGAGUUUUCUUAAGGAUGGUCAACUAAAUGUGACAGUGUAUGUCCGAAUCUUGAAAGACCCUACUGGAGUGUUGUGGCAUAACUUUGUUAAUUACGAUUCGAAAAAAGUGACAGGUUACGUAGGGUUUAGAAAUCAGGGUGCUACAUGUUACUUAAAUUCAUUGUUGCAAUCAUAUUUCUUUACGAAGUACUUUAGAAAGUUAGUCUAUCAGAUCCCAACCGAAAAUGAAAGUCCAAAUGACAGUGUCCCAUUAGCAUUACAACGAGCAUUUUAUCAGUUACAAGUUUCAGAUAUUCCGUUAGAUACUUUGGAACUAACAAGAUCUUUUGGUUGGGAUAGCGCUGAAGCGUUUACUCAACAUGAUGUCCAAGAAUUAAACCGUAUCUUAAUGGAUAGGUUAGAAAAUAGAAUGAAAGGUACACCCGUUGAAGGAAAAUUGAAUGAAUUAUUUGUUGGGAAAAUGAAAAGUUACAUUAAAUGUAUAAAUGUUGAUUAUGAAUCUUCCAGAGUGGAAGAUUUUUGGGAUUUGCAAUUGAAUGUAAAAAAUUUGAAAGGCUUAGAGGAGUCGUUUAAGAACUACAUUGAAAUUGAGCUAAUGAAUGGUGAGAAUCAAUAUGCAGCUCAAGAUUUCGGGUUGCAAGAUGCUGAAAAGGGUGUUAUCUUUGAAUCCUUCCCUCCUAUCUUACAUUUACAAUUGAAGAGAUUUGAAUAUGAUUUCAAUUAUGACCAAUUAAUAAAAAUCAAUGAUCGUUAUGAGUUCCCAGAAUCAAUCGACGUUUCACCCUAUAUGGAUAAGAAAGCAUUACGUGAAAAUAAAGAAUCGUGUAAAUAUACAUUACAUGGUGUUCUAGUGCAUACAGGUGAUAUUUCCACUGGGCAUUAUUAUGCAAUGAUAAAACCAGACCUUCAGGAUCAAUGGUAUAGAUUUGAUGAUGAGAAGGUUUGGAAGGUAACAAAAAAACAGGUAUUUGAAGAAAAUUUUGGUAUGAACAAGUUGCCUGAAGAAGAAAUUCGUGGUAUGACGAGAGAGCAAUACCAAAAUUACCUAAUCACCCGUCAUACCAGUGCAUAUAUGCUUGUAUAUAUAAGAGAGGACAAAGAACCGGAAGUACUACAACCAGUCUCAGAGACUGAUGUUCCAUCUUACGUGGUCACACGAGUGGAGAAAGAAACACAAGAAAGAGUUGAAAGAGAAAAAGAAAUCCGAGAAGCUCAUUUAUUCUUAAGGUUGAAUAUACAUUCAAUGAAAAAUUUUAUAAAUUAUGAAGGGUUUGAUAUUUCUUCAGUGGAUAAUGCAGCAGGAUUCUUGAGUGAAGAUCUCAAUGACGGAAGUGAGCAACCAUUAUCUUUGAAAUUAGCACGAACCACAACUCUGAAAGAGUUUUAUAAGUUACUUAAGGAAAGUCUAAAAAUUCACUCGGAAAGAGAGAUCAAGUAUUGGAAAAUGGAGUAUCGCAAAAACAACACUUUGAGAAUUGCUGAGCCAAUCCCGGUGUUGGAUGAAAACACAUCCCUAGAGGAGGCCCUAGAGAUUACAAAAGAUAUGAAGUUUUCUUCUUUGAACAUAUUUGUGGAAGAACCAUACCUAGAACUACAUUAUUUGCAUAAAUUGAAAGAGGAAAACCUAUUAAAAUCCGCUGUAUUAACUGAAGAACUAAUCCACUACUUGAGGAAUAAUAUUGAAGAGAUUGUUGCAAAGGAGGACAUUCCGAAACCGACUGAAAACCUUACAGGUUCUCAAGUAUUCCUACUUUUAAAGAAAUUUGACCCGCUGUUACAACGGUUGGUUGGUUUCUGUCACUGUAUUAUGGGUCAGACCGAUCUUAUUUCUGAAAUUGGCCAGCUUACAGCAGAUAUAUUGGACACUAAAUCAGAGAUACAGUUUUUUGAAGAGAUAUCUGCCCCAGCUCUUGAAAAGAUACACUCCUCAGAGAAAUUAUAUUCAGCUGAGUUGAGAACUGGUGAUAUUCUGUCGUUCCAAACUCCAGAUGUUAACUUAACAGCUGAAUUUCCAACAUACAAGCAUAUUGAAGAGUUUUAUGAAUUUUUAAGACAUCGUGUAAAGUUAAGAUUUACUAGAGCAGAAGAAAAUAGUGAGGAAUAUGUCCUAGAAAGCAAGGAUAAUAAAUCCUUUGAGUUUUGGAUAUCCGCAUAUGCCCCUUAUGAUGAGGUGGCCAAACUGGUUUCGACCUAUGCUCAAGUUGAUCCUGAUCAUCUAAAAAUAUUUGCUGUCUAUGCAAAUGGAAGAUUCCCCUUGAAAUCCAAAUGUGUAUUGAAUGACUAUUUAAUCAAAGAUUACAAUUGCGAAUCAAUUCCUCCUUUUGAAUAUGAGAUUUUGUCUAUAUCACUAAAGGAAUUAGAACAACUAAGACCAAUCAAAUUUUAUUGGUUGAAAGAUAGUUAUAUUCAUUAUCAAAGUUUUGAAUUUGAAGUUUCAAACACUUUCACUAUAAGACAAUUUCUAGAAAAGAUUCAAAAUAAAAUUGGCUUUAGUGAUCAGGAUAAGGACAAUAUACUGAUUUGGACCAAUUCCAGGUUUGAAUUCCAAAACAUUUUAGUUGAGACGACCAUUUUCAAAGACAUUGAAAAGGGCACUUUUCUCUUUGGUAGGGUUCUGCCAGAGGAAGUACGUCUGUUCAGAGAAAUUACAGCUAUUACCGAUAAAUAUAGCCAAAUUAGAGAGCAAAACGAAGAAGCUGGAGAGGAGGACGAUCUUUCAUCGAUCAAUGAUGAUGUUAAUGAAGAUGCAAUAACAAACUCAGCUGAGGAAAAGGAGAUUUUGGAACUUCCGGGCAGAUUAAUUAUUGUUAGCCAAUACUUCAAAGAACCACAAAACAGGCACGGUAUUUCGUUCUUGUUCACUUUAUUACCGGAUGAACCAUUCACUGAAACAAGAAAACGUCUUCAUGAAAGAUUUGGCCUUGGUCAAAAGGAAUUUGCCAAAAUUAAAUUAGCAAUUUCAUUCAAGGCACCCAAUGGUCCUGUUUUCAAAGGCUUACAAAACUAUACCGAUAAUGAUCUUGAAAAACUUUGUCUGUUCAAUAUUUUGAACAAUUUAGAUUAUAUCUACAUGGAUCAUCCUGAUAGACUAAGAUCCCACAGUUCUUAUGAUAGACCCAUGGUCAUUAAAAAUUAA